CUGUAAAAGUAUUAACGUCUAUAGAAGUUUCCAGAAACAGAGGGUUGGGAAUUGAGAGUGGUGCAAGAACUCUCUCUCCCUGCCUUUAAAUCCAGCCAAUCUAUACCUUCUCCGCUUGGCUCGCUCGAACUUUCCAGAAACUAACGAUUCCUACGAGACUAAGAUUCGGAAGACGAAGUGAUAGGUUCGAUUGAAAGCAAUCUUUCGGUCGUGGUAAAUUAGGGUUUCAUCACUGAUGGCUGAAGAAGCUAAAGCAAAAGGUAACGCGGCAUUCUCCGCUGGUCGAUUUGAUGAAGCAAUCGGAUUCUUCUCCGAAGCAAUCGAUCUCGCCCCUUCAAACCAUGUUCUGUAUUCCAACCGUUCCGCUGCCUACGCUUCCCUCCACAAAUACAAUGAAGCGCUUGUUGAUGCCAAGAAGACGGUCGAACUCAGGCCGGACUGGUCCAAGGGUUACAGUCGCCUCGGGGCGGCUCAUGUUGGUCUCAGCAGCUUCGAUGAGGCAAUCGCUGCUUACAAGAAGGGCCUCGAGGUUGACCCUAAUAAUGAAGCCUUGAAAUCAGGCCUUGCUGAUUCUCAGUCUGCUGCUUCACGAUCCCGUGCUCCUCCAUCAUCUUCGGCGGCGCCUCCCUUUGGAAACAUAUUCCAAGGGCCAGAGUUGUGGGCCAAAUUGACGGCUGAUCCGACGACCAGGGGCUAUCUUCAACAGCCUGAUUUUGUGAGGAUGGUUCAAGAUUUGCAGAGGAAUCCUAAUAAUAUGAGCAUGUAUUUGGCGGAUCAGAGGAUGAUGCAAGCUCUGGGGGUUUUGCUCAACAUAAAAAUGAGGGCUCCAACGUCGGAAGAAAUGGAGGUGCCGGAGCCGGAGGCAGAGGCAGAUGCAGAGAAGCAACCAGAGCCUGAGCCGACGAAACAGCCGGAGCCUGAACCAGAGCCUGAGCCGAUGGAGCUUUCUGAAGAGAAGGAGGCAAGGGAGAGGAAGGCACAGGCACAGAAGGAGAAGGAGGCUGGCACUGCGGAAUAUAAGAAAAAAAAUUUUGAGACGGCAAUUCAGCAUUAUACGAAGGCAGCGGAGUUGGAUGACGAAGAUAUUUCGUUCCUUACUAACAGGGCAGCUGUUUACUUGGAGAUGGGAAAGUACGAGGAAUGCAUCAAAGAUUGUGAUAACGCUGUUGAGAGGGGCAGGGAGCUGCGCUCUGACUACAAGAUGAUUGCAAGGGCAUUGACUAGGAAGGGAACUGCCAUGUUGAAGACAGCAAAAUGCUCAAAGGACUAUGAGCCUGCAAUUGAGACCUUCCAGAAAGCUCUUACUGAGCAUCGUAAUCCAGACACACUGAAAAAGCUCAAUGAUGCUCAGAGAGCAAAGAAAGAACUUGAGCAGCAAGAAUAUUUUGACCCACAGCUGGCAGAUGAGGAGCGUGAGAAAGGAAAUGAGUUUUUCAAGCAGCAAAAGUAUCCAGAGGCUGUCAAACAUUACACAGAAGCCCUGAAGAGGAACCCAAAAGAUCCAAAGGUGUACAGUAAUAGGGCGGCAUGCUACACAAAGCUGGGGGCAAUGCCUGAGGGAUUGAAGGAUGCAGAGAAGUGCAUUGAACUUGAUCCAACCUUCUCAAAAGGUUAUACAAGGAAAGGUGCAAUCCAGUUCUUCAUGAAGGAAUACGACAAAGCACUGGAAACGUACCAGGAGGGGUUGAAACAUGACAAAAACAACCAGGAAUUGCGUGAUGGCGUGCGGAGAUGUGUUGAGCAGAUCAACAAGGCUAACCGCGGGGAUAUAAGCCCAGAGGAUUUGAAAGAGAGACAGGCUAAGGCUAUGCAGGAUCCAGAGAUACAAAAUAUAUUGUCUGAUCCUAUUAUGCGACAGGUGUUGAUUGAUUUCCAGGAGAAUCCAAGGGAAGCCCAGGAACACACAAAGAAUCCCCUAGUGAUGCAGAAGAUACAGAAACUAGUCAGUGCAGGGAUUGUUCAACUCAAGUAAGGAGUUUCGAAGGGGAAGAACAGGUAGUUGCAUGUGGAAGGUGGAGCUUCAAUGCGAAGCUUUCAUCUCAUUGACUGGUACACCACAUUGUGUAUUUGAUUGUAUGGAUUCGUUACGGCACUAGUUUUGAUUUGAAAAUUUUGAAUUAUAGUCUUAUUUUUAUUUAGUUUCUACAUGGCUGCUAUUCUCCUUCUGACCGUUCACGGAUGCUUUUAUUAAAGGAGAUUCAAGAAAAAGAAAGGGUGUAAUGUUUCUAUUUUAA